AGUGCUCCCCGUGGGUCACACUGUGCGAAUUCGGGAACGCGUACACAACACGGAGCGGAGUGCGCCGAGAAAAAAAGCGGAAAAGUCACCACCAGAGCGUGGAAGGGAAAAGGAAAAGCUGAUAGAAAGGGUGCCCAAAAACACACACAGCCUGCAUUCCUUGCGAUUCUCCAGGACACACUCUAUUUGGCUGCACUUUUCUGUGGAUCGGAGAAAACCUGCGACAUUCAAGAAGGAUAUACGUUCAUGGUUUGCUGAGUGUGUUGCCCCAGGCUCUGUCACCUGGUCAGCCUGCCCGCCCCCUUAUCCCUGUCCGGCUCCCCCCCUCAAAAAAAUAUAUCGGAAACGGGGGAUGAGCGCGUUUGUUUUUAGGCAGGUGUGCGUUUCCAAAACAAGCCAAAAAUCGCAGCAGCCAAAGGCAGAAUCAGCAGCAACAAGAGAUAAAAGCUCCAGAGUCCUCAGCAUAAUUUAAAUCGCAAAAAUCGAAACGAAACGAAAACGAGAAAUCGGCUCCUUCGUGAGAGAGCCCAGUGCAUGUGUAUGUGUGUCCGUGUCCGUGUGCAAGAGUGUGAGUGAGCAGCAUCCUGGAAGCCAGAAAAAGACAGGGAAAAUAACAAAAAUAUAAGGACAGACAGGCAAGACAGGCACAUCAUCUGAGUAGCAGCAGGAGGACUUACCUGGGAAUGGAGGAAUGCCAGCAGGAGCAUUGUCGGGAUCAGGAUCAGGAUUAGCCAGGCCAGCAUCCUCCGAUGCCACCGCAUCAUAGACAUAGAUACACACCCUGCUUUUGUCCAGGCAGCCAGCGACGCAUAAUGCAGUGAUUGUGUAUCGCUCGUCUCGUGUCUCGCGCAAUCUCCCAGUCCCCAGUGACAAUUAGCCCCUGGCCCCCGGCAAUCCACCCUGCAAUCGUCCACCCACAUCAGCUCCUGCCCCAAGGACAUCCAUAGCCAUAGCAAUAGCAAUAGAGGCGACCAGAACCACAGAUCCCGGAACGCAUCAAGAUGACCACGGACUUUCUGUUCCCCAAGAUAGCGGACUGCUCCUAUGUGUCCUGUUACUGCGAGGAGAACGUGUGGAAGCUCUGCGAGCAGGUGAAGCGUACGCGGCCCGAGGAGCUGUCCAAGUGCUACGCCGUCUUCGUCUCCAACGAGGGUCGCACCGUGCCCCUGUGGCGCCAGAAGGCGGGACGCGGCGACGAUCAAGUUGUGAUAUGGGACUACCACGUCUUCUUCAUGCACAAUCCCUCGCUGAAUCGCUGUUUGGUGUUCGAUCUGGACACCACGCUGCCCUUUCCCACAUACUUCCACAAGUACGUGACGGAGACGUUCCGCUCCGAUCUGGCCCUGCGACCGGAGCACCACAGAUUCUUCAGAGUCAUACCCGCAGACACAUAUCUCAUUGAGUUCUCGUCGGAUCGGCGUCACAUGCGUCGGCCGGAUGGCAGUUGGAUCAAGCCGCCGCCCUCAUAUCCACCCAUUCUCUCGAACACCAACAUGCACUGUCUGGGGGACUUCAUCUGCAUGAGCGCAGGAAAAGGUCCUGGAGCGGUCUACAGCCUCUCGGAAUUCGUGCAGAACUUCUACAAGUCGCCCCAUGUGAUGGCCCAGAACAACAAGUAGAGCAGGGCUCCAGGAUCGGGGAUCUACAGUCCCGACAUCCCACAGAUGCAUAGUGCAUCCUGAAACGCAACCACAUCCAAAUGCAAAUACAAAUCCGUAUCGAAAUCGUUUUGUCGUUGUCGUUACCAGACAGUUAAUUACCAAUUGCAUACAUAUACAUACAUACAUAUACACGCGAACAUAUAAAUAUAUUUAUGAUAAUGUAUUUUUGUAUUCAGGUUAACAGAAAUCAAAUGCAGAAGAAGGUUAAAACGCUGGCGCCACGCAGCUAUUGGCGUUCAUUUGCAUUGAACUUCGAUUCUAAAGAAAUUAUAAAUCUAAUUAUACAUUUUUUUAUUGUACGUAUUGUAUUGUAUUGUAUUCGAUAACAGCAAACACACAUAUAUGAAUAGCCGAGGGCAGAGAUGAGAUUUUUAUUCGUUACUCUACUCCAAGUACUUUUUGUAACUCUAAACCUAAACCUAAACGAAAUGGAAAAGCACCAAUUACGAGUAAACAAGCCGGCCGGCGGAUAUCUGAUCGGAUAUGCGUUGCGUCGAUAUACAUAUGGAUAUGGAUAUGGAUAUGGAAAUACUACCACUUUGCAUACUACGCUACGCUCUCGAUUCUGUAAUUCAAUUUUUGGCUAGGCUCAAAGCUAACCCACACCUAACUCUAACUCACACUCUACUCUAAACUAACGUUAACGUCGACUCUAAGCGAAAUCGAAUUCGAGUUCGAGGCGGUAUAAUUGCAUUAAAGCUUGUUAACUUGUUUUACCGUGUUUACACUAAUUACGUACUCGUACCGCAAUUAUAAUUGUAAUUCGAAUAUUAUCUACUUUGUAUACAACGGAAACCAAACCAAACCAAACCAAAUCGAAUCGAAUCGAUGAUAAUA